GAGAGUAGAGGAGAGGAGAGUAGGAUCCAUCCCGUUUGGGUGUUUGUUAUCUUGGUUUUGGUUUGCGAUUGCGAGAGCAGCCUCGCGAAUCGAUCUCCCGUCUCCGCCCAAACCCUAAACACGCCGACUCUCCAAACCCUACUCCCCCACCCCGAUCCCCCUUCCCCCUCCCGCGCCAUCCAUGGGGCGCAAGAAGAACCUUGCCAUCGACGACGACGAGUACUCCUUCCCACAGGACGACGCCGCCGACAAGGACAAGCCUAAGAAGGGCGCCAAGAAGGGCAAGAAAGGCGCCAAGGCCGCCCUGCCCGAUGACGACGACUACGAGCCCCCUGCGCGGCCUCCUGGAGACGACGACGAGGAGCCGAUCAACCUCGUCUUCACCGGCAAGAAGAAGAAGAAGGGCGGCGGCGGCGGCGGCGGCAGCGGUGUGAGCUCCUUCAGCGCCCUUGCUGCCGAUGAGGACCAACACGACAACGACGACGACGACGAGCCCGCCUCCGUUGAGCCGGAUGCAGCUAAAUCAGGCGCCGAGGACGACGACCUCGAUUUCGACUUCAGCAAGGCCAAGAAGAAGAAGAAGAAGAGUAAGGACAAGGGAGAUCGCCCUGCCCCUCUACAAGACGACGACGACCUAGAUAAGCUGCCCCCUUCCGCUGCUGACGAUGAAGAUGGAGAGGAGGAGGUCGUGGCUGCUCCUGCAGCUUCAAAGAAGUCGCAGAAGAAGAAGAAAAAGAAGGGCGGGUUCACCGUGGACGAUGAGGACAUUGACAAGCUCCUCGCUGAGAUUGAGGACACUUCUCCUCCCUCCGAGGAGGCUGAGCCGGAGGUGAAAGCUGAGGGUUCUGUGGCUGCCCAUGAUGUGGAUGAUGCCUUAGGAAAGAAAUCAAAGAAGAAGAAAAAGAAGGGAGGCUUUACCAUCGAUGAUGAGGACGUAGACAAGCUCAUUGCAGAGUUUGAGGACCAGCCACCUCCUGUUGAGGAGCCUGAGCCUGAGCCUGAGGCAGUGAAAGAUGAGGGUAAUGUGGCUGCUGCAACCAGUGUGGAUGAUGCGGAAAGCAAGAAAUCAAAGAAGAAAAAGAAGAAGAGUGGAAGGACAGCACAGGAAGAGGAGGAUUUGGAUAAGCUUCUUGCCGAGCUUGGUGAGGGCACACCAGCAGAGAAGAAGGAGGUGCUGCCCCAGGCUCCACCUGCUGCAGCAAUGGUGAAGGAAGAUACGGAAACUGCCGAGGAUGGUAAUGUAGAGCAGAAGGCUGGGGAAGGAGAGGUGGAAUCUGCUGCAGCCAAGAAGAAGAAGAAGAAGAAGGAAAAGGAGAAGGAGAAGAAGGCAGCAGCUAAGGAGGCAGAUGCCAAGAAAGAAGAUGUAAAGGAUGUAGAAGCUCCUAAAGGGAAGGUUGACAUGAAGAAGCUCCCGAAGCAUGUACGGGAGAUGCAGGAGGCACUUGCCAGGAGGCAGGAAGCUGAGGAACGGAAGAAGCGUGAGGAGGAGGAACGACUGAGGAAAGAGGAGGAAGAGCGAUUGAAGAAAGAGGAGGAGGAGAGGAAAGCCGAGGAAGCAAAGAGGAGGAAGAAGGAGAGGGAAAAGGAGAAGCUGCUGAAGAAGAAGCAGGAGGGUAAGCUCUUGACUGGGAAGCAGAAGGAGGAAGCGAAGAGGUUAGAAGCAAUGAGAAGACAGUUCCUUGAGCAGAGUGAGCGUCAAGUAGCUGAUGGUGCUGUCCCUGAGACAAAGAAGAGGCCUAUAUAUGAUUCCAAGAGGAAAAAGGGUCAACAGAAGCCUGUGGAGACUGCAAAGUUAGUUGAAGAACAACCACAAGAAGUCGAUGAAGCUAACAAAGAUGAGGAAGAGUAUGUCUUAGUGGAUCAGGAAUCUCAGUCGCAGGUGGAGGAAUCUGAGGAGAAAACCGAACCUGAUCAGGAUGUGGAAGAACUGAAACCAGAAGAGGAGGAGGAAGAUGAAGAUGAAUGGGAUGCAAAGAGCUGGGAUGCUAUAGAUGUUAAUUUGCCUAAGACAAGUGCCUUUGAGGAAGAAGAGGCGAAGCCUGUUGUCAAGAAGGCUGUUGAACCUGUCCAGAAGCAGGAAAAUUCUAAAGCACAAUCUACAGUGGCUACUGUCAAGAAGGUUGGUCCUGCUGCGAACUCCAAUAAAGGUGAAAUGGAAGAUGUGGAAUCCAGUAAUGGAAAUGUUAGAAGGAAUAGAGGUGCUUCAAAGAAAGGACCAAUUAAAGACGAUGAGACUAAGAAUGGCGGUGACCUCCGUUCACCAAUUUGUUGCAUCCUUGGCCAUGUUGAUACUGGAAAGACAAAGCUGCUAGACUGUAUUAGACGAACCAAUGUACAGGAAGGAGAAGCUGGGGGUAUUACCCAACAGAUUGGAGCUACGUACUUCCCAACUGAAAAUAUUAGAGAGAGAACAAAAGAACUUAAAGCGGAUGCCACACUUAAGGUUCCUGGUUUGCUUGUUAUUGACACUCCUGGUCACGAGUCGUUCAGUAAUCUGCGUUCUAGAGGUUCAAGUUUGUGUGACAUUGCUAUCUUGGUUGUUGACAUUAUGCAUGGGCUUGAACCUCAAACAAUCGAAUCCCUUAAUCUGUUGAAGAGCCGUGAUGCAGUGUUCAUCGUUGCCUUGAAUAAGGUCGAUCGUCUUUAUGGUUGGAAAAAGUGCCCAAAUGCCCCUAUCGGGAAGGCUUUAAGGCAACAAAACGAAGAUGUUAAGAGGGAGUUCAAUAUGAGGCUUACCGAUAUUGUGACACAAUUCAAGAUGCAAGGUGUGAAUACUGCUUUGUACUACAAGAACAAGGAGAUGGAAGAUACAUAUAACAUAGUGCCUACCAGUGCAAUAAGUGGUGAAGGCAUUCCUGAUCUGCUUCUUCUGUUGGUGCAAUGGGCACAAAAGACAAUGGAAGAAAGACUUACUUUCGUUGAUGAAGUUCAGGUACGGUGCAUACAUUUACUUGACCUUAUAAAAGCAGGCAUUCUUAUCUCGUCUCUGUUUCAGUGUACUGUGCUGGAAGUCAAGGUUGUUGAAGGUCAUGGUACUACAGUUGAUGUUGUGUUGGUCAACGGUAUACUACAUGAAGGAGAUCAGAUAGUUGUGUGUGGCAUGCAGGGACCCAUCGUGACAACGGUUAGAGCUUUGUUAACACCACACCCAAUGAGGGAGCUUCGAGUUAAGGGCACAUACCAACAUCAUAAAAAGAUCAGAGCUGCACAGGGUGUUAAAAUAUCGGCACAGGGUCUUGAACAUGCAAUUGCAGGGACUGCUCUUUAUGUGUCAAAGCAUGAUGAUGAUCUGGACAGACUAAAAGAUGCUGUGAUGGAAGAGAUGACUAGGGUUAGAAAUCGGAUUGAUAAGAGUGGCGAAGGUGUCUAUGUACAAGCAUCCACCCUUGGGUCAUUGGAAGCUCUUACUGAGUUCUUGAAGAGCCCUGCUGUGAAUAUUCCCUUCUGUGAUUUCAGUAUAGGGCCAGUACACAAGAAAGACGUCAUGAAGGCCAGUGUUAUGCUUGAGAGGAAGAAAGAAUAUGCUACUAUCUUGGCAUUUGAUGUCAAAGUGAUGCCUGAUGCCCGUGAUCUUGCCGAAGAGUCUGGUGUGAAGAUCUUUGUUGCAGAUAUAAUAUACCACCUUUUUGACCAAUUUACAGCAUACAUUAAGAACCUGAGGGAAGAAAAGAAGAAAGAAAGUGCUGAAGAAGCUGUUUUCCCCUGUGUUCUCAAGAUUAUGCCAAACUGUGUCUUUAACAAGAAGGAUCCAAUUGUUUUAGGUGUUGAUGUCCUUGAAGGAAUAGCCAAGGUGGGAACACCUCUCUGCAUACCCACUAAAGAAUAUAUUGAUAUUGGGAAGAUUGCAUCUAUUGAAAUUAACCAUAAGCAAGUUGAUGUGGCCACAAAAGGGCAGAAGGUGGCUAUAAAGAUUAUUGGGAGCAAUCCUGAUGAGCAGCAGAAGAGUUUUGGCAGGCAUUUUGACAUGGAAGAUGAGCUUGUGAGCCGCAUCACGAGGCGAUCUAUUGAUCUUCUUAAAGAAAAUUACAGGGACGAUUUGUCAAUGGAUGACUGGAAACUUGUUGUUAAGUUGAAGACCAUCUUGAAGAUACCAUGAAAUCGCAAAGCUUGCGGAAGCCCCUGAAAGCCUGUCCACCAAAAGGUAGGGAGGAGUUAAUGCCUUAAUGGUGGCAUCUGGGCUAGGGUAGCAUCCAUAAAAUUUUCACGUUACUGAGACAUGGAUUUGCCGGGUUGAGAAGCUCUGUCCUGACACACCUAUGUUCAUGCUGCCCAGAGAGUUUCAAUUUUGAUACGGUUUUUUCUUUUUGUGACUUGCUCAAAAUGAGGUUGAUCAACACUUCAUUUUACAAAUAUAAUCCGAAACUUCCAGAUUUUGAGGUGUUCUUUGGAAGAGGCAUGUGCUACUGUUUGGCGUGGCAUGUCAUUUUUGCUACUA